CCCACACACACAGACCCACACACCGAGAGAGACAGGAGCGGCGCCGGGAACCGUCUGCACCGCGGCCGCCACCCUCGGGGAUUCCCGUGACUCUCAGCCCGUGACCCGCCCGCUACACCAUGGAGCUGAAGCGGGCGACCCUCCUCCUCCUGCUGCUGCUGCUCUCACACCUGGCGCUGCUCGGCCUGGCCCAGGACAAGCCGGAGUCUGAUGGAGAGGAGGUAGAAGAUGAAGAGGAGGAAGAGGAUUUUGAUGAUGAUGAUGAUGCCGAUGAUGACAAGUCAGUCAAGGAAGAAAAUGGUGUUUUGGUUUUGACAGAUGCGAACUUUGAUUCAUUUAUUGAAGACAAAGAUGUUGUACUAGUUGAAUUUUAUGCCCCUUGGUGUGGACAUUGUAAACAGUUUGCAACAGAAUACGAGAAGAUAGCCAGUGAGCUGAAAGAAAACGAUCCUCCUAUCCCUGUUGGCAAAGCAGAUGCCACAACAGAGUCUGGGCUUGCCAGCCGAUUUGAUGUCAGUGGCUACCCCACAUUUAAAAUAUUUAAAAAGGGACAGCCAGUUGAUUAUGAUGGAGGAAGAACAAAAGAUGAAAUUCUGUCUAAAGUGAAAGAAAUUGCUGCCCCAGACUGGGCUCCGCCGCCUGAAGUAACCAUUACUUUGACUUCAAGUAACUUUGCUGAGAUAGUGGAUGAAGCUGAUAUAAUUCUGGUGGAGUUCUAUGCUCCUUGGUGUGGACAUUGUAAAAAGCUUGCUCCAGAAUAUGAGAAGGCAGCCCAGGAUCUCAGCAAGCGUCCUGUGCCCAUUCCUCUUGCUAAAGUAGAUGCUACUACUGAAUCAGAACUUGCUAGCAAGUACCAGGUUUCUGGCUAUCCUACCCUGAAACUGUUUCGCAAGGGUAAAGCUUUUGAAUACAAUGGACCAAGAGACAGAUAUGGUAUAGUUGAACACAUGGCUGAACAAGCUGGCCCUCCAUCCAAGCAUAUUCAGACUCUUAAACAAGUUCAAGAAUUCCUUAAAGAUGGUGAUGAUGUAAUCGUGUUGGCAUUUUUCAACGGAGAACAAGACCCAGAAUAUCAAAUCUAUCAAGAUGCCUGUAACUCUCUCCGUGAGGACUACAAAUUUCAACACACGUUCAACGUUGAAAUAAGAAACUUCUUAAACACCGCACCUGGACAACUUGUCAUGAUGCAGCCUGAACGGUUUCAGUCCAAAUAUGAGCCCAAAAUGCACACUUUGUCUCUCAAAGAUACCACAGCAGAGUCUGAAAUUAAGGAAUUUAUUACAAAUAAUGCUUUGCCUUUAGUUGGACAUCGUAAACAAAGCAAUGAUGUGAAAAGAUACAGUAGGCGACCAUUAGUGGUUGUGUAUUAUGGAAUUGACUUCAGUUUUGAUUAUCGUAUUGCUACUCAGUACUGGCGGAAAAAAGUUUUGAAAGUAGCCAAGGAUUUCCCUGAAUACACUUUUGCAAUUGCCGAUGAAGAAGAUUAUUCAUCAGAGAUGAUUGAUCUGGGCCUGGCAGAGAGUGGUGAAGAUGUGAAUGCAGCAAUCUUUGAUGCUGGUGGCAAGAAAUAUGGAAUGGAACCAGAUGAAUUUGACUCUGAAACUCUGAGAGAGUUUGUAAUUGCAUUUAAAAAAGGUAAAUUGACCCCUAUUGUGAAGUCGCAACCAGUGCCAAAGAAAAACAAAGGACCAGUGAAGAUUGUAGUGGGCAAGACAUUUGGUGAAAUAGUUAUGGACAAAAAGAAAGAUGUACUAAUAGAAUUCUAUGCACCUUGGUGUGGACAUUGCAAGAGCCUGGAACCUGUAUAUUUAGACUUGGCCAAAAAGUACAAGAAUGAGAAAAACUUGAUUAUUGCGAAGAUGGAUGCAACAGCAAACGACAUACCAAAUGACAAAUACAAAGCUCAAGGCUUUCCUACCAUUUAUUUUGCUCCAAGCAAUAAUAAAGACAAUCCAAUUAAGUAUGAUAAGAAUGACCGCGAUCUUGAAUCUUUGAGUAAAUUUGUAGAGGAACAUGCAAGUAAGAUAUCUAGAAUCAGCAAAGAUGAACUAUAAAAGUUCUGUACUACUAUGAGCAGUUGUAGAGAAUCUUUGAAAGGGCAAAUUACUUUUAACCAUGAAGUAUGAACUUAGGGUAUUUGGCAGAGAAAUUAUCGGGUUUCUAAAGCUUGAUUACUAAAAAUUACUUUAGAAAUUCUUGAAUGGAUGUUUUUUUGUUAUCUGAAUUUUUUUACAGCCACUGUAACCAAAAUAUUUGGUAAGAAUGUGUAAAAUCACUUUAUUUUCUCAAGUUUCUACAAUCAUUCUAUUGAUUUAUAUUUUGGUAACAUUGUUUGAAUAAAGGUAACAUAAGAUGUA